AUGAAUGAACAAGAAAAGUAUUUAUUAAGGGGAGACGUUCAACUGCAAUAUGGAUGGGGUGCAAAAGUUUUGCCGAAUGAAACGUUAACUCAAAUAUUUAAGGAUCUAGAUUAUCCAAUGAAUUGUAUAUAUGUGAAUCAUUCAUGGGCCUUCGCAGCGUUACCGUUUUUAUGGCAAUCCCCAUUUACAACUGCUCGUGAUCCAAUUAAAUUGGUAGAAACUUUAAUUAAAAGUCUUCCCGCAGAUGUGAAAAAUUCACUACAGCAAGAUGUAUCAGCUAUUAGACCAUGGUUAACUGAGCAUACAUGUUAUAAGUAUGCUGAAUGGAUCAAAGAACUCCAAUAUGAACAACUUUUGAGUUACGUUAUUAGAUGGUUCGAAAAUCGACGUCGGAUAAAAUCGGUUUCGAAAAACCCAAAUACAUGUCAUUCAUUGGAAUUGCGUUCUGAAGGUGGAUAUUUGUCAAAAGAAACCCGCUUUCAAAUACAAUCCAUCUUCUCUGCCUUGAUUUCUUUCCUCAUCAGUUCAAGUCGAAGCUUACGCACUUUAGAUCUCUCAACAAAAUAUGGUUAUCCUCAUCUGUCUACCAUGUUGAGUCCAAUGCGAACAAAUUGUGAAUCUUUAAUUGCUGUUACUGAAUUAACUUGUGAUACUUGGGUUCCCGAAAACUUUUAUUAUACUCUUUCCUUAAGAUCCCAUAAUUUAGAGAGUUUAUAUAUCUAUCACCCUCAACGUGAUUCUGAUGUCAUUGAUUUAGCUCUCCUUAUUAAACACCAAACGGGUGGAAUACAACACAUAAAACUUUCCGAUUCUGGCGCAAAAAUAACAAUGUUAUUAGAAAGUUUUGGCACUCAAGCCACAACUUUAUCCACACUCAAACUUCAUCGAACUAACCUUACAAGUAAGGGAUUAGACGCUCUAGGAAAACUUGUUAAUUUAAAAUCUUUAGAAUUAGAUAUGUGUAGAUUUUUAUUGUGUUAUCCUUAUAUAGCCCCUGAUCCUUUAUGGCCAAAAUUAAAAAGAUUACAUUUAUCUGAAACGGAGGAUUUUGUUGAUGUAUCAGCUAUUACUGUAAUAAUAACAAAGGUAUUAUCGAGUUUGGAUGAAUUAUUGUUGCAUCAUCAUCUUAGGCAUAAUGAUAUAAUACGAAAGACUGUUAUUAAUCAAUUACCUAAUGUAAGACGACAUGACAUUUCUAAUUGGGUUUUUACUAAGGCUAAUAAGGCUAAUGCUUAA